AUGUCCGACAACAACGCCCAUCCUGGUGUUCGCAGCCUGCUGGCCAAGUUUGAGAACAGCCAGAGCCCUAUUACCUCCCCGCCGUCUCGUGGUCGAUCCCCCGUGGGCUCAGAUACCCCGGGUUCGACCAGGCCACUGUCCAAAGUCCGUGCCAGCUUCGUGACCGUGGAGGGAGCCAUCCAGUCAAGCCCGGGAUCGCCAUUGAGAAAGACAAGUGGUCGAAGUGACAGUCCUGGGAUCUUUGGGCCUAAGAUCAAUGCGGAGGAGAUCGAGUCGCGCCGUCAGAAUAAUGUGGUCUCUCCGACGCCUGGUGGUCAUGAAAAGGCCCAAACGAGCAUUCUGGAUAGGGUGGUAGGUGAAGGUGAAAACCAGAAAGCUGCCAUGGUGACGAAGGACCGGAAGAUCAGUGGCAACCGAGAGGCUUCUGCGCUCGCAGAGAGUGUGGCUCCAACGGAGGCUGCGCCGGCGAAGAAGGAAAAGCCCCCUUCAAGUGCGCCAACAACUGCAGACACGGAAGCUUCACCCGAGAAAGAGAAAGCGGCACCCAAGACAGUCACCAAGCGACCCUCCAAUGUUCACACUGCCAAACAUGCCACCACCAAGCCUAUCCCCCACACCACCGUUUCGACCUCAUCAAGAACAACCAACAAUAAUGGAAGUACGAAACCUACCUCGGCCCGUGAAGUGGCCAAGGAACGAGCCAACGCUCUUGCCCAUAAACCCAGUCGCCCUUCGCUCAACCCUGCAGCCAAGACCACCACCCGGAUGACCCGAGGUUCAACUCCAUCCGCAGAUGCUCACAAGACAUCUACCGGCAACACCAACAAACCUCGAUCCAAAUCACCCACGAGACCUGUUCGCCUGCCAAGUUCGAUGACCGCACAAACCCAAUCGUCGAAUGCCAAGCAUGGAAGCACUGGGCCUGCAACGGGACGGACCGAAAAGCCCGCGGCAACUCUCACGAGAAAGCCAUCCACACUCAAGAGUGCCGCAGCUCCUGCAGGGGCUGUCCGCCGGCAACCGUCUCGACCUUCCCUCCCGGCCCAGUCUGGCCCUGAACGUCCCAGCUCUCGGGUUAGUGACAUUGGCGCAAGACCCGUCAAUGAAGGCUUUCUCGCCCGGAUGAUGCGUCCGACUGCCAGCUCCGCUAGCAAGACCCAUGAGAAGACUGAGACUAAGGCUCCUGUUAAGCCUACAGUCUCCAAAGCUCCUCGUCCUUCAAUGGGGCGUGCUGCAGAGCGAGGUUUGACUCAGACAAAGGCAAAGCCUGCGGCUCUGAAGCCACAGAAUGAGAAGUCUCAGGCUGUCAGCAAGGAGGUCUCAUCUAAGAAGGAAGAAGUGGUUCUCCUUCAAAAGAACGAGGAGAGUGAGAAGGAGAACAUUGAGGAAGUCGCUACUGCGAUUCCUGAAGAGCCUUCAUUCACUGAGACCGACGAUGCCAUUGUUGAGGAGCCCGAGCCGGAGGUCCCUUCCGAGACUGGUGUGGAGGAUGUUGCAGAGAAGCCAGUUGAGCAAGCAAUCACGGAGGCUGAAUCUGAGGCCUCUCCAGAGCCGAUUGUGAAGCCCGCUGAGCCAACUGCCACGGAAACCGCAGUCGAGGUUUCUGAAGACCUCGUCGCCACGAAUGCCCCAGAGACAUCUUCCGCACAGGAGGAGACAACCGAGGAUGUUGAGGUCCCUGCAGAGGUUUCUGCUCAUGAGACCACGCAUGAAUCUAGUGAGCAGGAGAAUGAGCCUGAUGUGAAGGAAGUGGAAGAAGUGUCUGCCGAAACCGCCACUGAGUCGAAUGAAGAGAAGGUGUCUUUGGAGUCGCUCCCAGAACCAGAGGCGCCCAAGGAGGACGUUUCUGAGGCUAUUGACGAACCCAUCGAGCCCAUCAUCACCAAGGAUGUCACCAUCACUGAAGCAAAGGAGGCUCCUUCAGCGGAGUCCGAGCUCCCUCAGCAGACCGAGACUACCGCCUCAGAUUCUGUUGAUGAUGCACCCGAGAUCACAGAGGAUGUGAACGAAGUUCAGUCGUCCGAGAAGAUUCAGGAGCCCAAGGAGUCGAUUCCAGUCGUGGAGUCUGCAGCCCCAGCCAAGUCGGACACGGUCGACAUUGACUUUGCCAGUCUGGCUCUGAGCUAA